AAAAAUAAAAUACAUGAAAUUAUAGUUGAUAUAUACGUAGAUAAUCCUGAAUAGAAAGAGGAGAGAGAAUGAGUCAGUUCCCUUUGUCAUCAUUUUCCUUCCUCGUCGACUCACAGUCAGAGUCAGACCGCAACAUUUAUCCAACAAUCAAAAUCAUCUUCAAGUUCUUGUUAUUUUAUGUAACUGGUGACUUGUGCGUAUCAGUUAAUUCAUCUCCACAUUGAGACUGCAUAUUUAUAAUCUAUAUGUUCAGAGAAGCUCAGUUGAUAGCUUGUAAAUUCUAGCUGUGAAUGCUACUUUUAUAUUCAACAUAUUUAGUAAGAGAGUUUGUUGGCAACUUCAGCAGUUUCAGGCUCCGGUCUCGGUAAAAGUAUAUAGUAUCGGAUCCAUGGAUGGUGGAAUUUGUUGCCACAUUGAUCUGCAUCCUGUUACAAAGUCCUUUCCCUCUCCAGGGGUAUCCUUUCUGCAGCCUCCUCCUCAUGGACCUGAUGUGUCACGGAUCUCAGUAACCAAUGCACCUGAUGGACAGUUAGGAAACUGCUCAGGCAACGAGCAAUCCACAUCUAAACAUCUCAAAGAUAUACACAUGUCAGGACGCUUGAUGGAGGAUUUCGUCAAUGCUGCUAGUGAAAAUACAAAAAAGAAUCUAGAAACAUGUGGAGUUCUUGGUGCUUUCCUUAAGGAUGGGACCUUUUAUGUUACUUCUUUGAUAAUUCCAAAACAGGAGGCUACCUCCAAUUCUUGUCAGGCGCUAAAUGAGGAGGAGAUAUAUUCCAUUCAAAAUGAAGAAUCCUUAUACCCUAUUGGAUGGAUUCAUACGCAUCCAUCUCAAAGUUGUUUCAUGUCAUCAAUAGACUUGCACACCCAAUAUACAUAUCAGGUGAUGGUACCAGAAGCUGUGGGCAUUGUCUUGGCUCCAAGUGACGAGUCAAGACAAUACGGUAUAUUCAGGCUAUCGGACCCUGAUGGAAUGAACAUCAUCAAGGAAUGUCAAGAGAGGGGCUUUCAUCUUCACAAAGCACCAGCUAACGGAACCCCCAUAUACGAGGAUUGCCCUAAUAUCAUUUUCAAUCCAAACCUGAGACUGGAAAUACAUGACUUGCGUUGACAUACAUAAAUAUCAGAUUACAUGGAGAUGUUGUCAAGUAGAGCAUGAUUGAACGAGUCUAGCCUCCGUUUGUACUCUGCCUACAUGUGCAAUCAAUUCAUGUAUAAUUUGUGCAGUGAUUCCAUGGAAGGGGGUGGCGGCCCCUACGGUACCAUUCGACAUGAGAAAAAGCAGCCCAUGUGCAUGACUGCUCUGUUAGGUUCUGCACACUGCUUGUGGACAAGAGAAUAAACCAAUUUCUUUCUCCAACAUUAAUCAGCAUAUAUUUCUCCAAAAA